AUGGUGGCCGAUCAAAACUAUGAUUACCUCUUCAAAAUCGUGCUCAUAGGCGAUUCUAAUGUCGGAAAGUCCAAUUUGCUAGAUAGAUUCGUCAAGGGAAACUUUAAGCUAGACUCAAAAAGCACUAUCGGUGUGGAGUUCGCCACAAAAAAUGUUACACUUAACAACGGAAAAAUCGCAAAGGCGCAAAUAUGGGAUACCGCUGGACAGGAACGAUACCGCGCAAUCACAUCUGCAUACUACAGGGGAGCCAUGGGUGCCAUCAUCGUAUACGAUAUAGCGUGUAAAGCGAGCUUCACAAGCGUCUCAAAAUGGCUAACAGAACUACAUGAUUACGCGGACACAAAUAUUACCAUAUGCCUGGUUGGAAAUAAAAGCGAUCUCACCCACCUGAGAGAGGUCAAUAAGGAAGACGGAGAGACAUUCGCACGUGAAAACGAUCUUAUAUUCUUUGAGACAUCUUGCCUCAAUAGCGAGAAUGUCGAUGUUGCAUUCAAGGAACUCCUCAGCAAAAUUAGCGAGAAGAACACCCGAUACGACAAUGCCGGGUUCUCGCUGACUGACUCACAAAUGCCCAAAAAUGCAAUUGUCCUAGGAGCUAAAACAGGGAAAAAGAAAAAAGCGAAAUGCUGCCGGUAG